CGGCAAUGACUCCCUGGCUCGGGCUAGUGGUGCUUCUGGGCAGCUGGAGCCUGGGGCACUGGGGCGCCGAGGCGUGCACAUGCUCGCCCAGCCACCCCCAGGACGCCUUCUGCAACUCUGACAUCGUGAUCCGGGCCAAGGUGGUAGGGAAGAAGCUGGUGAAGGAGGGGCCCUUUGGCACGCUGGUCUAUACCAUCAAGCAGAUGAAGAUGUACCGAGGCUUCACCAAGAUGCCCCACGUGCAGUACAUCCACACAGAAGCUUCUGAAAGUCUCUGUGGCCUUAAGCUAGAGGUCAACAAGUACCAGUACCUGCUGACAGGCCGCGUCUAUGAUGGUAAGAUGUACACAGGACUAUGCAACUUUGUGGAGAGGUGGGACCAGCUCACCCUCUCCCAGCGCAAGGGGCUCAACUACAGGUAUCACCUGGGCUGUAACUGCAAGAUCAAAUCCUGCUACUACCUGCCUUGCUUUGUGACCUCCAAGAACGAGUGCCUCUGGACCGACAUGCUCUCCAAUUUUGGCUACCCUGGCUACCAGUCCAAACAUUAUGCCUGCAUCCGGCAGAAGGGUGGCUACUGCAGCUGGUACCGAGGAUGGGCGCCCCCAGACAAAAGCAUCAUCAAUGCCACAGACCCCUGAGCACCAGACCCUGCCCCACCUCACCUCCCUCCCUUCUCGCUGAGCUUCCCUCGGACACUAACUCUUCCCAGAUGAUGACAAUGACAUUAGUGCCUGUUUUCUUGCAAAUUUAGCACUUCGAACACUUAAGGAAAAGUCUAUGCUGUCAUAUGGAGUUUAUUUGGAACCAUCCUCCUGGCCCCACCCUACCCGUUCUUUUUGGCCU